AUGGGAAAUACAGAUAGUCAGUAUAGCAAUUUCAUCAUCCCUGGUAAGGGAAAAUCUAGCUCCUUGAAGCUGCACACCUCAAAAGAGGAGGCACUUUCCCCACAUUCUUGGUGGAGGAGCACUGAAAGCACCUCUGGAUACAAGGCCAAAAAUGGAUUUUCACCACACAAGAGCAGCCAACCUUACAUCUCCCGCCAUUAUGACUGCAUUAAAGGGGGAUCUAGUGACGAAGUACGUUCAGAGAGACACAGAGACAAUGACAACCUUUUAUUACAGGGAAAUGGAUUCUUUGUAGGCUACAGACAACAGACUGGAGGCCUCCAGGCCCCUAUGAAGAGCACCAGUUCUGAGAUUAAAGAUAGUAAGAACAGUCCCAAAGUUCUUUUUCGUGAGGAUGGAAGUCUGAGGGUAGAGUUUACCAAUGCACGGAGGGAGCCGGAUGUUGCACUGUCUUUGGGCAGCUGUCUCAGUGGACCUGUUGAUGCUACCCAAAGGGCCAGUAAUGGGAGCUCUCUUAGCUCUGAGGGUUCAUGGUAUGACUCACCCUGGGGGAAUGGGACAGAAGAUCUGUGUGAUAACGUCUUCACCACCGGCCAACCUUCGGACAACAGUAGUGGAUAUACCACACUCUCAUCCACACGUACUGUAGAUUUUGGAUGUUUUAAUGGUUACAAUACAGAACAACCUGAGAACCAUAUGGGUAACCUCACCUGCCAAGCCACAGUUCAUGGCAGUCAGUAUGCAAGCAGUGAUUGCAAUAGUAAUGGGUACAAUGCUAACCGAGCUGAGGAAGACAGUGGUAUUGGAGACUCUGUGUUCCUUCAUUUGGAACAUAAUGGAUUAUCCAACCUUUACGCAAACCCCAACAUGACCGUGCCAUUCCCUACCAUGGGCAUCCUAGCGGUGGAUCAGCUUGAGGACACUCCUCACCUCCAAACCUCACUGACCGCUUCCCUGGAUGUGAACUCCCAGGAUGAGAGUCAGAAAACCCAGAAUUACACCUCACAAACCCUGCCAUGCAGAAAAGCAGUUCCUGAUGGGAAUACAAGGAAGGACUCGCUCAAGAGUCGCAUCCACCGCCUCAGCGAUUGGACAGGAAGUCUAAGCAGGAAGAAGCGAAGGCUGCAGGAACCAAGUACUCUGGACUUUACAGAGGUCGUCAGCUGUGGAGCUGGGGGCACACUAGAGGAAUCCAGACCAUUUUGGAAUCCCAUGUCCUCCCAGACACAGCUGGACUGCUCUGGUUCCUCAACGGGCCCAUUUGGGCAGCAGAACCAGGGUGCGGCCUUGAGGCAGAACAUCUAUGAGAACUUUAUGCAGGGCCUAGAGACUGGCAGCAGCAGUGGAACUGCUGAUGGACUCCAGGUCUGGGAGGGUGAAGGAGAAAGCAGCAGUGGCUCAAUGGGCUCUUUGGAGCAAAUGGACUUCCUGUUUGAGAAGGAGCAAGGUGUUGUGCGGAGGGCUGGUUGGUUGGCUUUUAAGCCCCUCAUUACCCUCCACAAGGACCGCAAACUGGAGCUGGUAGCAAGACGCAAGUGGAGGCAGUAUUGGGUCACGCUCAAAGGCAGUACACUUUUGUUGGGUGAAUCCAAUGGAAAGACCUCCCCUGAGCAGGAAUGCACACCACAUUACGCAGUGCUUGCUGAAGAUAGUAUUUUGCAGGCAGUUCCUGAGCAUCCCAAGAAAGAGCAUGUCUUCUGCCUCAGCAAUGCCUAUGGAGAUGUCUAUCUCUUUCAGGCUGCUAAUCAAACAGACCUGGAGAAUUGGGUGACGGCCAUCCAUUCUGCCAGUGCAUCACAUUUAGCUAAGCGUCAGGGGAAGGAGGACACUCUGCGUUUGCUGAAGAGCCAGAGCAGAGCUCUUCUGCAGAAGAUCGACAUGGAUGGCAAAAUGAAGAAGAUGGCAGAGCUGCAGCUGUCCGUCAUCAGCGACCAGAAGAACAGGAAGGCUAUUGAGAGCCAGAUCCUGCAAUGGGAACAGAACCUGGAGAAGUUUAACAUAGAGCUCUUCCGCAUGCGCUGUUACCUGGCUAGCCUGCAGGGCACAGAGCUGCCCAAUCCAAAAAGCCUGCUAGCCACUGCUGGACGCCCGUCUAAAAUGGUGCUAGGUCGUCUGGGAAUUUUCUCUGUCUCGUCCUUUCAUGCGCUGAUAUGCACUCGUGAUGAAGCCACCCUGAAGAGACGAUCUCGCUCUCAUCCUCGAGGUAUGCGGAACAAACGAGGACUGCUCUUUUCUUCACAGAAGGGAUUAGACAGUCUGACCAAACGUAACCAUGAAAAGAGACAGUCCCUGUCCCAGAUUUUUGAAGGAUAUUCCUCUGGAUCAUUUGGUCAUCCAUCCACACAAAGCAGCUCAGACCAUAAUGCAACAAGUGAAAAUCACAUCUUCUGUGAGCCACUGUGGGAGAAAAAGAAGUUGGAUGUCUUUACCAAAAUGCAUAUAACAGCGCCUCCUGAAGGUAACCCGUGGGACUGCAGUCUGGAAAGCCGGGUGUACGUGCUCAUGCCGGACAGUCAGGUCGUCAGUGUGCCAGUCAAACAGGACUCUCUGGUUGCUGAUGUUCUCUCAUUGGCCUGCAAGGCAAAGCAGCUUGACCCAGCUCUGCACUGCCUGCACACGAGGAGACAUUUGGGACAAGAUGUGGAGAGAAGUACUCCAGUGCCCACAGACCAGCUGAGGACCCUGGUCUAUGAUGAACUGGAAGUUUGGCCUCUCAAUGUGUUGACCAUAAACAUGUCCCGGCCAGACACAACCAUAGACUUUGGUUUUGCGGUCACAGGUCAUGUGGAUGGUGCCAGGAGAAGUCAUGUGUAUGUGAGCGAGGUGAAUCCUGAAGGCCUGGCGUUUAUUAGAGGUCUGAAAGCUGGAGACGAGAUCUUGACUCUUAAUGGUGUGAGUGUGGCCUCUCUUGACCUCGGCCUCAUGCAGAGCUUCUUCAGCCAGCAAGAGCUCCGUCUCAUCCUCAGACGCGAGGAUAACAGCGCAGACGACCAAAGCUCCGUCUGGCCAGACUGUGACCCCAGUGAACCUGAUCAACCCCAACCUCCUCAGGGCGACAUCAUUCACCUGGAGCAGUGGACCACAGAUCCAGCUCAAGAGCAGGAAUUUCCCGAGGGCUCCGCGACGCCUGCUUUGGAGGAGCUGAACGAUAAGGCCAAGUGGGGCGAAAAGUGUAGUACAUGUGUAGAGGAGAGGUCUGAGGUCAUGUGUCGGGUGGUGGGACAGAACAGUGCAGGAGGAGAUGAAGAGGAAUUCUGUGCGCUCUUCCCGCUGUCGUCUCUCCGUCAGACCCUCAAGGAGAUGUUGGUGGGACUGCUGGAUGAUGUGAGCGUGUGUGGGAGGUGUGAGUGCAUCUCACUGAAUUCAGAGACGGUGUGUAAUCUCUACCAGACGUUCCCUGAAGGCUCCGUUCUUGUGCCAGAGGGCCACAGGAACCCUUACUCCACUGAAAAUGCCCAUGCCAGAUCCUCUCCCCGUCAGAUGUCCGUCACAGAGCGCCUGCGCAUGGUCAUUCAAGAGCUGGUGGACACGGAGAAAUCUUAUGUCAAGGACCUUGGAUCUCUGUUUGAGAUCUAUCUGAAGCCAUUACAAAGAGAAACCUUCCUCAGUCAUGAUGAGAUGGAGUCUCUGUUCGGCAGCCUGCCAGAGAUGCUGGACUUCCAGAGGGUUUUCCUACAAACCCUAGAGGAGAGGACAACUUCCUCACCAGACUACCAUGCACUAGAGACUCCAGAGAAACUCAAGAAACUCCUCUUCUCCCUGGGUGGCUCUUUCUUAUACUAUGCAGAUCACUUCAAGCUUUACAGUGGCUUCUGUGCCAAUCACAUUAAGGUGCAGAAAGUUCUCAAAAGAGCAAAAACAGACUGGGCAUUCAAAGAGUUCCUGGAGGUGAGAAACCCCACCAAACAGCACUCGUCCACCCUGGAGUCGUACCUCAUUAAACCCGUGCAGAGAGUUCUGAAGUACCCGCUGCUGUUGAGGGAGCUGGUGUCUCUCACCGACCCCGAGAGCGACGAGCACAGCCACCUCACAGAGGCAUUAAAGGCCAUGGAGAAGGUGGCCAGUCACAUAAAUGAGAUGCAGAAGAUCUACGAGGACUAUGGCACAGUGUUCGAUCAACUAGUAGCAGAGCAGAGUGGCCCUGAGAAGGAGGUCACGGAGAUCUCCAUGGGAGAGUUCAUCAUUCACAGCUCAGCACUCUGGCAAAACCCUCUGCCCUCUUUGGGCCGCAUGAGAAAAGACCCUGAACUCACCCUCUUCCUCUUCAAGAGUGCACUCAUUUUGGUGUAUCGGGAAAGCAAGUUAAAGAAAAGAAUGCCUACGUCUUCACGACCCGGGGAUCUGGAUCCUUUUAAAUUCCGCUGGCUCAUUCCUGUUUCAUCCCUUCAGGUCCGACCUGGAAAUUCAGCAGGGUCAGAGAACCCCUGUGUGUGGGAGGUUGUUCACACAAAAUCUGAAGUGGAGGGACGACCAGAGAUGUCCUUUCAGCUCUGCAGCAGUAAUCUGGAGAACAAGGCUAAUGCGGUGAGGGCCAUCCGCACUCUUUUGAGAGAGAACGCCAAGCGGACGGCUCCAGCUGAGCGACGAUUCAAAGAUCUAAAUUCUAACUUCACCUUCCCCAGGAGAAGCCACCCAGGAGCGCUUAGAACAAACUCCUGGCAGCGGUUGCCGCCACAGUCAGAUGGGCCACAAACCUUAGACUCAGAUGAGGGCAGACUGCUUGACGGAUACGCUCACUCCGAACCUCCCCUCAGGCCCUCCAGAGGCCAGAGCUCUACUCAGAGCAAGAGAUCCACGUUGUGCUCCCUGACCAGCGCUUUGGAAGCUCAACUCCAGAGACUGAACUUUGUGGAGGAGCCACAGGGAAUGAGCGAGAGCAGUACCAGCAGCAUUCAGGGCAGUCAGGGGACUCUGCUGGACGACACUCCAGGUCUAGACCUCAACACCCUGCUGGCCAGGGACUACAGCGUGCAGAGUUUUGGUUCGGUAGUUAACGAGGAUUGUUUUUACGACACGGUCAUUGGCAUCCAAAAAGCUGCCAUCCCCACCCUGUAGAGAAAGUUGGCGCUAUAAAGAUUAAAUGCACUAAAACAUGAUUAUCGUGCCUUGAUGUGAACAGCUUUUACACAGCCAGUUUUAUAUCUGUAGCGCAAAAUCUAGUGAGCUGCCUACCUGGAUGCCAUUUUACAAGAUAAUAGGCAAAUAUUGUAGUUAUGCUGCCUUCUAAGGCACCUUGCUUUGCUCCGGUUCUAAGGCAGUAUCACGUAUUCUUAUCAGAAAUUAUCCAAGAUGACAGAGUUAAAAAGAAAUU